UUUCGAACAUUCAUCUCAAGCAAUACACCAACCAUAUACUGAGUUGUGGGAUAGGGCGGGCUUGCUAACGUAACCAAGUUUUGGUUGUACAAAGGAUAGACAGCCACCAUGAAGCUAACGCAAGUCAUCUUUUUGGCAUUAUUUGGGGUACUUGUGACCUUGGCAACAGUAUCUUUCGCGGCUAACUGUACGACAAAUCCAUGCAAAAAUGGGGAGUGCAAAGAUGACGCAACGGUGGCCGCCGGUUACGUGUGCAAAUGUCUCAAGGGGUAUAAGGGCAACAAUUGCACGACGGAGAUAAAUGAAUGCGAGGUUAACCACUGUAAGAAUAAUGGAACGUGUCUUGAUGCCAUUGGAUAUUACAUGUGUGCCUGCACCGAAUAUUGGAAGGGAGAGAACUGUACGAUAACUACGAUCACCCCUCCUUGCAUCCCGACCCCAUGCUUGAGGGGCAAUUGCACCGCGCUAGGCAAGACAGAUUACAAGUGCGAUUGUGGAACAUUCUGGCGGGGCAAAAACUGCCAAAUCCACGAUGUUUCCCUGGUAAUCAUGAUCGUGACUAUCAUCGUCGUCUGCAUCAGCGUCAUCGUCGUGCUCUGUAACAUGUGCCAAGAUUACCGCAAGAGACACCCAGAACAAUUCGUGCGAAAAGGCGCUGCCUAAACCUGUGAUGGACGUUACUGUAUUACUCAAUUCAAAGAAAGAAUAUUGUCAUCAAUUUUUUUUCUGUGAUAUUUGCUUUUAUGGAUAUUUUGCGAGUAUAGUUCAGCAGACCUCUUGCGGGGCAUAGUACUUGGAACAACUACUUUACAACACAACAUGACUAAACCUUCAAUUUUCUCCAUGAGAUCUCACAUGUCUUUGGUUUGUCAUGGAAGGAUACUAACGAAUUAUAAUCAUCGCAUUUCAUCACAGUCCGUCCGUAUGAACCCAAGCGAGGAAAGAUCUCUAUGACACCUUCCUUUUUAAUAUCCUUUGGUUUAUACUGGACAAGAAAAAAGCAACGGAGAGACUUGCAUCUGCCUUGUGCCGCAUCUUAUGAAUAUACAUUGUAAUUAUUUAAUAUACAUAAACUGAUAGGUAGAUAUAGGUUUCUUAUUAAAUUAAGAUAUUUAUUAUAUGAA